CGGUAAAGCCACACAUAAAGCUCAGUGUUCAAUUUUUAACUCUUAUUUAAAUUCAAAUUUUGUAACUGUUAGUGUUAUUAAAAGCAAGUCAAUAUUUAAGUAUAUUUUGAUUAACAUAUACAAUAAUAAUUACAGCUACAGCAAUAAUUUUUUAUUAAUAAAAAUCAUCUAAAAAGUCAUAUACCUAUGUUUUGAUGUGUAGCUAAAGUGUUCUCGUGAUUCAAGUUCGAACAUAACCAUCAAAUACCAAACAUAAAAUAACAUUUGCCCAGAGUUUAAAAAUGAAAAGAAUAUCAAGUGAACCAAAACCGUACGAUGAAAUAGCCAAAGUAUGCCUUGUAGAAAGAAAUGCCAGCCCAGGAGGCCUUUCUUUAGUUAACGCAAACAAAGUUGGAAAAAAAUCCGCCAAUGACCUGGUUGACCUUGCAAUGGAAAUUCAGCAGGCUGAUGCAUUCCUAACAGCAAAUACUUGUAACAAACUACAAGUAAUUGUGCAACAGGUACAAUAUUUAAAACAACAGGCACAUCAAAUAUUGCAAGAGGCUGAAAAAGAUGCAGAGUUGCAUAGAGUUGCAUGCAAUUUUACCAAAGUCUCAGGCAAUGUUUACCACUUGUAUGAGAGGCAAAGUGGGCAAAAAUAUUUUAGCAUGUUAUCACCUGAAGAAUGGACAUCACCACAUCAAUACCAUGGAAGCUAUAGGCUGGAAGUUGAUCAAUCUUGGACAGAACUGAGUAAUAUUGUUAAGAAAGAUUAUAAUAUGCAAGCUAUUAAUGCCAUUAUUCAAUCAAAAAAUCCACUUGCCUUAGCACAGCAUACUCAUAGUAUGCCAAUGGAUAUUUAAUUAAAAACUUGGGUGCUUUGACACAUGAUCUAAACCUGUAAAAUAAAUGUUUUAUUUUGUAUGUAUAUAAUAUAACUAGGAAUUGUCUGAUAUACCACAGCCAUGUUCUAUUUGUGUGUAAUAAAAAAAACUGUUUACUCAA